AUGGCGGAAGAGCUAUCUGCAGCCACGUCCUAUGCUGAAGAUGAUUUCUGCUGUCCUGUAUGUCAGGAGGUGCUCAAGAUGCCUGUGCAGACUGCAGCCUGUCAGCAUGUGUUCUGUUCUGUUGAGAACAAUAAUAGGCAUGGGCUAUCCACAUCUGAUAAUACAGACGCUUACCAAAAGAAUAUAAGUUCUGGAUGACCUACCCUUAAGUGUCUCUUUCAGGAGUUUAAUUUUACCAGACUGGAUCACUGUAAUAGUAACCACCUAUUUCACAUAGUUCCUGUGACACGUCCUAUUUUUGUGUCUCUUCUUUGGGGAUACCCUAGCCAGAUUACUAGAAAUUUAUUUGGUCAUCUAAAUCAAAGACAACAGUUUGAUUAUGGAGAAUUUGUGAAUCUUCAGUUAGAUGAAGAAACCCAGAAUCUUCAACUGCUGUUGAAUCUUUUAAGUAAACGUCUGAAGUCUGUACGUAUCUUGAAGGAAAAUUACCUGAAGUCAUCGUUUCAGUACUUGAUGUGUAUAUUAAUAAAAGUACUUCAGUCUGUUUAA